CAUAAAUCUGCUUUAGUGGUUACGAUAAGUUGCUACAAGACACGUAACUAAAUUACAUCGUACAGCUAGGUAUUGAAGUCACAUUGGACUUGAACGUUUCAGCAGCGAGGAUGCCGAUGCUUCAUCUCUCGAACUCACAAGUACAUACUUGACCUAACCACUCCAGAUGUUAACUCUUUCGCUUCAAUUUCUUUCCCUCUUCAUGCACAUGCUUUGCCUUUGUUAUCCGGAACGCUGCGAGAAGAUGCACCACCGCAAUACACCUCACAGCUUCGGCAAUGAAAUGCCCUGGGCAUCUAACCCAAUUGCGAGAAAGAUUUCCCUGGAUGAGGUUGACCCUCUCCUUCCAAAACCCAAUAUAGGGUUGGCCGCUAUCGUGUCCGGCAAGUGUUCCGUCCCUUUCAAAGUGCCUUUCUGGUUUAAAGACAUCAGGAUCGUCGUGUCCUUCUCUGGGCAUGUCCCUGAAGAGGCGGCUAAGUUACAAAGCCCAAGACUUGCCAGCAAAUUGAUGCAAAUCAUAUGUUAGGUUGAACGAGAGAGUCUACAGUAAAAUAACGCCACAUUAGUAGGGAUGCAAACAUAGAGGAUCGGCCGAUUAAACUUUUGGAACGAUAUAGCUCCUAAAGACGUCGUCACUUGAUGUUACAUGAAGACUUGUCGGAGCAAUGAGAGUAUCAAAUUUCUCACCA